UCAGAGGGUCUAUCACAAGUCUCAGACCUUUAGGGUUCCAAUAGAGUGUCCCCAGUUCCUGACACUGGGAACCCAAGGACCCUUGGAUCCAUUCACUGCUGUCCCCAGGAGUCCAUCAAACACCCCAUGCCAGUCAGGAUGCAGAAGAAUGUGGAACACUGCUGUUACCUCAGCCUUUGUUUUCCAGGUGACAUUCUGGAGAUGAUGUCUCGAGGCUGGAAGUACUUCGGGGGGAACUUCUAUUACUUUUCACACAUCGCAAAGUCCUGGUACAGCGCAGAACAGUUCUGCAUUUCUAAGGAAGCUCAUCUGACCUCAGUGACCUCAGAAUCAGAGCAAGAGUUUCUCUACAAGGCAGCAAAUGGGCUUCCACUCUGGAUUGGUCUCACCAAGGCAGGGAAUGAAGGGGACUGGUACUGGGUGGAUAAGACCUCAUUCAACAUGGAGGAAAGUAGAAGCACAGUGGCAGCUGGGGUGGACACCCAGCUAACUGCUGCUGCUUAUUGGGUGGUACCUGGGGCCAGUUGGGAACCUGAUGUCCUGUGGUCUUGGCAGCAAGAUGUUCUGCCCAGCUUGGUGAUCCCGCUUGAGGAGAUGCUCUCCCUGACACAUCAAGAUUGCUCUGCACCUUAA